GCCCACGAUAUACUGUUGGAAGAGAGAAGGAAAAUACUCACGGUACACUGCCAUGCAUAAUUGCAUAAUUUCUCUUCACGUGUUGGGCGGAGUGGAGAAAGAGGAGUGAAGUCAAGCCGGCGAAUGGUGACAGGAAUUCUUACGAAAAAUGCGCGAACCGCAGCUGCAUGGCGCUUAGAAUGAGUUAUUAACUGGUCUACCUGACCACAAUUUUCAUGAGCAGCAAGUGAGCCAGAGGCAUUGUUGGCUGGGACUAGGUUCUGAGGAUCUUAGUUGACGAGAGGGUCGGCUGUUGUUGGUGCAGCUUCCAUGGCUCAGGAAAAGAAGAGAGCAGGAGUCCUUCCUCCAGAUGGGGGUUGGGGAUGGAUGAUUGUGGCCGGCUGCUUUGUCGUCACUGUCUGCACACGUGCUGUGACAAGAUGCAUCUCCAUCUUCUUUGUUGAGUUUCAGAUGCAUUUUGGGCGUGAUUAUUCUGGGACAGCAUGGAUUCAUUCAUUGGUAGACUGCAGCACUAUGUUCUGUGCCCCACUUGGCAGCCUUAUUGGGAACCAGCUAUCAUGCCGGGUGGCUGUGAUUUUGGGCGGUUUCCUGGCCUCAACAGGACUGGUGCUGAGCUCCUUUGCGACUAGUUUGGAGUACCUGUACCUGUCUUUGGGUUUCUUAACAGGGCUUGGGUUUGCCCUGUGUUAUACUCCAGCCAUUGCUAUGGUUGGGGCUUAUUUCUCUGAGAGGAAGGCACUGGCAUACGGCAUUGCUAUGUCAGGCAGUGGCAUAGGAACCUUCAUCCUAGCCCCUGUAGUUCAAGUCCUGAUAGAAUAUUACUCAUGGCGAGGGGCUCUCCUCAUCCUUGGAGGAUUUGUGUCAAACUUAUGUGUUUGUGGGGCUCUGUUACGACCCAUCACCCUGAAGGAGGAGGAAGCCUGUCCCCUGCCAGUGGACACAGAGUGUGGGUAUGACGUAAAGCCACCAGCAGUGACCAGCACAGCAGAGGAACAGCCUGUAGAUGGAGAGCACCAGGGCUGCCGAUGUCCUCAGUUCAUGCGGGAGUAUCACUUCUUGCUCAUGCCUGACUUCAUAGUGUUGGCUGCCUCCUUUGUGUUCCUAGCCAGUGGCUGCAGCUUGCCAUUUGUCUAUCUGGUUCCAUACGCACUGGAUGUGGGUGUCCGUCAUCACCAUGCCGCCUUCCUAAUGUCCAUUCUGGGAGUGAUAGAUAUUAUCGGCAACAUCACCUUCGGUUGGCUUACUGACAGAAGGUGGCUGAAGAAAUACCGGACUCUGUGCUACAUGUUUGCAGUAGGAAUGGAGGGUCUUUGCUGCCUGUUUAUUCCUCUUCUCCGCACCUUCGCCCUGCUGGUGCCUUUUUCUGUAGUAUAUGGCUACUUUGACGGUGCCUACGUGGCCCUUAUACCUGUUGUGACCUCGGAUGUUGUGGGGACAACAUACCUCUCCUCUGCUCUUGGGGUGGUGUAUUUCCUACAUGCUAUCCCAUACCUGGUCAGCCCACCUGUUGGAGGAUGGUUGGUGGACACGACUGGAACCUACACAGCUACAUUCUUCCUCAGUGGCUUUGCUCUUAUCUCUAGCGCCCUCUUGCUGUUCACUGUGACAAUGAUUCGGCAUUGCCAGAAAAUGAAAAAGGACAUGCAAACUAAAGUCCCCAAAGGGACACACAAGUACACUUCUACAUUACCAAAAAUAAGGACCUGAUAAUAAUUACCACGGCAACCUCAUAGUAUUGAAUCUAUCUACCAGCAUUUAUAUUGUUGUUUGUUCCUCUCUUUAUUUUUUGUAAAAUCGGAGGCAUUAGAUUAGUGCUCAGAAAUUGAUUUCAGGAGUACAGUACACAGUACAUACUAGUCUAGUUUAGAAGCUUAAGACAUUAUUUGCGUAUGUGCCUUAUCCAUAAACAUUUUGACCAAAAGCAACCUUUUCUGCUUUUGAAUAAAAAAAAAAAAACCAACCAAAAAAAAAAACAAAAAAAAACCCCAGAAUACAACUGCAUGAGGUUCUCCAUCAGAACUGGUGCACAUUACAUCAAGAGAAAAAAACAUACAUCAUUUGUUUGUCUAUUUGUAUCAUAUCAGUACAUUUUCCAUAUGCAUUUACUCUGAAAUAGGGAAGUUAAAGAUCCUGUUAUUAUUUCUGCAUUCUGGCUGGAAUCCAAACAUGACCCAGUACCAAGACAGAAGUCAGUCUGUCAUACAACAAUGUUUAUGGUGUUAUGUUAACCUGUAAUGUUGUAUUGUAACUAAUUAACCUCUUGAUGACACAGGUCAAUUUAGCCACUAUGGUGAUACCGGCAGUUGAAGGCACAUGAAAGACAAGUCAGUUGAUAGAGUAGGAAAUUAAAUGAAGAUACUGGCCUGAUAAGAAUUUGGGGAAAAUUGUUUCAUAGCUGAACUGCGUAAAUGAAGAAGAAUAUAUUUCAAGCUCUGUAUUAUUUUGUGAAUAGUUUAGCCAAAUAAUAGUCUGAUUGUGAUGUUGGAAUACAGUCUAACUACUUUUCCAGUUGCAUUUAUGCCAUUUUACCAUAGUGUUUUCUCUUUACUGCAGAAUGAUUUCAGAGGAGGGCACUGUUUCUCUAUAGAAAAGUCAUUCCUAACUGCCAUGCUCCGGAAUGAUGUUCAGCGCAAUGAACCGUGCUAAUGUUGACUUGGAUAUUCAAUGCAUUCUUUACCUGUAUGAACCUCUGUCUGUGUUUGCUGCUUGCCCAUAUCACUUCUACUUAACAACAUACCCUCAGUAACAAUUUAAUAAUAUGUUAAAUUUCAGCUCUGAGAGAGAUUUUGUUAAGAAACCUUAUGGUUUCUUAGCAAAAUCUGAUUAUUAAAUUCAGGUUAAUUUU